AGGAGUUGUGUUAGCGCACUCUCCGUGCACUAUGCACAUUCUUCGUUUCUCCAACGAUUUUUUUUUGUAAUUUAAUCAAAAAAGCGAAGCAUGUCCGAUGAUGAAAGUAUUUUUGUUCCCGAUGAAAAUUCAGCACAAGUUUCUGCAGAAACGACUGUAAAAUGUUACAGGACUGAUAGCGCCAGUUCGCAGAAGGUUAUCAACAAUUUGGAGAAAUUCGUGCUUAAUCAAAGUCUUGACAAGAGUUAUAAAAAGAUUGCAAGUGACGGCAUCGCCAGCAGUAAAAGAACCCUCGAAUCGCUUUUAGCUCGGAAUGGUGGACAUCAAAACCUUCUUAAUGAAGAAGUUAACAAACUAAACAAUAAAAACUACACUUUGGAUGCGGAUGGACGAGUUUGUUUGGUUAAAAAUUCUUCAAACGACACGAGCCGCCACCAAGAGUUGAUUCUUCUACAAAAAGACACCCAUGAGCUUCGAUGCCUUCGCGAAUAUUUGAUGUUAGCUCUUGAAGCAAUUAUGCACAAUCAUCGGCAGAUGAUGGUCAAACAUGUUCAGAACGUCAGAGAAAGGCCAAGACAAGUUUCUCAAGCAGCUAUAGAUAACGCAAUAGAAAAAGCCAACACACGCAUUAUUGACGAAUUUGCUCAGAUGACACUCUUCGUCGAUCAGUCCAUUGCUCGCGAAGAAAUUCGGUCGGAAAACAGACGAAAAUUAAAGAAAACCAUUGAAAUUGAGACUUUUUUGAUGAGAAUGAUGCUCGAAAUGGAAGAUAUUCGGGAAGCAAAUGUGAAAGAUUUGGUGUCAUUAUGGCGGAGUCAUCAACGUUCUGCAAAAACUCAACCAACGAAUAACAACGCUGCUGGUGAUUCUACAAACUAACUUUUGAAUUCUUCACAAUCGAAAAAUAGAAAAUCCACUGUCAUAUCAAAAUUCCUUAACUAGAAUCUCUCACCAACUCGUUUAUAAAUGUAUUGCAAUGAUUGUACUAUUUAUUUUUGACCUCACUUUUUCCCUCCUAAUCAGAUUUCAAUAUUUGGUCCCUGUGUGUCUUUCUGCCUGUCACAUUUACUUGUAUUGUUCCUUCCCCACACAUAAUUGCUUAUUUUCUUUGAAAAUAUGUACUGUAGAUGCUUGAUUUUUUUGAUUGCACCAUUUCGUUGAAAUGAAUUUAUUCUUUC